AUGGAUAAUCCGCAAAAACUCAUUCCAAUCGUCUUGAAUGGCGACAAUUAUUUUUAUUGGACAAAAGCUGCUACUGCAGCCCUCAACAGCAAGGGUCUUUGGGACCAUGUCGUGUCUCAGAAGGGUCCCUCCCCACAAGUCCUGGCUGCUGAAGGCGAAACUGCAGAACAGACAGCACUUCGACAACAACAGACUGAUGCAGACUUCAACAAAAAAUGGAAACAGGCUGAUAGCCAAGCCUUGGUCAUUCUUCAAGGCUCCCUUGAGCCCCAUAUUCUGCAGUCGUUCAUCUCCAAUGAUACCGCGAAAUCGCUUUGGGAAUCCUUACAAAGCGUCUACGGUAAUCUGUCAAACAUAAGUCGUAUUUUCGAACUCAAGAAACAGCUUUUUCAUUUACAGCAACACGAUCAACCGUUCAACAAAAUUCAAGGGGAAUUUUGUGCACUAUGGGCUGAACUCGAGGAAAUACGACCUACUUCAACUGAUCCGAAAAUUGUCAUGGAGAGAGCACAAGAAGAUAAGGUGUUUUCCAUUCUUCUUACACUUAAUGCCUCUUUCAAUCACUUGGUUUAUCAUCUCCUUCGCCAAAUUAAACUUCCUACGUUUGAGGAAGUUUGUAUGAUGGUGAAACGAGAGGAAGGGGGUCACAAUCUCUUCGCAGGUCCACAUGAGCUUGCACACUACACACAGAAAUCACACUCUGCUCCCUUCCCACGUCGCGAUCGUAGAGAAUUCUUUUGUGACCAUUGCCGAAGAAACGGACACUCAAAGGAGCGUUGCUGGGUUUUGAAUCCACAUCUGAAACCUCCAAAGUUCAAGGACAACAGUCGAAAAGGAACAGCAAUGACGGCUGCCCAUGUCCCUUCACCCACCGAGAAUGGCAUCAGUCUAACUUCUGAAGAAAUGAAAGGACUAAAACAUCUUCUGCAGUCCUUGCACAAAGAUACCGGUAACUUCACCUUUCACUCUGAUAUAGUUAUUGAUUCCGGUGCAACGACACAUAUGUUUAAAGAUGCAAAUUUGUUUCACACUAUAUUUAACGGUCAUGGUUUUGUUUCGGUUGCCAAUGGUAAGAAUGUCUCCAUUAAAGGGUAUGGUACAUUUCAUCUCUUCGAUAAGCAACUCUCGGCCUUAUUUGAUACUAAGACGGAUCGAGUUUUCGCCAAAGGAUUUCGGAAAGGAAGCCUUUACUAUCUUGAUCAAUUCUACUCUAGCUACCUAUCUAUUUCCCCGGAUGUGUGGCAUGCUCGUUUAGGACAUCCACACCAAAGGGUUCUCCAAUUGCUUGUCCCCGACGUUAAGCAUGUCGAUCGACUUUGUGAUGCUUAUGAAGGACAACGGACAAAACUCGAUCCCCGAAGUCUCCGGUGUAUAUUCCUCGGCUACCCUCCGGAUCAAAAGGGUUAUACGUGUUAUCACCCUCCUACACACCGUAUCUACACAUCUCGGGAAGUUAAGUUCUAUGAGGAAAUAAGCUAUUUUGGAGACAGCCCUUGGGAAAACCUCGAGAAUCUUGUAAACCAAGGAACCGAUCAUAACGAGGCCAUGCAAAAUCUCCACCAUACCUUACAGAUCCUUGGAAUUCAACAAAAACCUGAUCCCAACACUGGCACUUCUUCGCAGACCCAGGAUCUCCGCAACGAACAUUCUAAUGUGCAUACUACUCUGGGUGAUGGUAACGGUCAGACAACCUCUUCUCUUGACUCUUUUGGUCCUUUAAUUUCUAAUGAUGCAGGUACUUUGGAGAUUCACUCAGGGGACAUCGAACCUGGGCACCCAUGUGAGGUGGACCCUACCACACUUCCCUCCACUGAACAUGUGCACACAUGUGAACGAGAACCCUCCUCUGUUCCUUCCAUUCCGCCGAUGCCCAUCGUCACUUUCCCUAAUAUAACGUCAGAUUCAUGUACCAUCACAUCAAUUGCACCUGUCAACUCCAACCCGACGAUUCAUCAGAUGCCAAUGCUCCCACAACCCAGUGAUUUGACAGUCGUUCCAGAAGCCGCAUCAGAUGUCAAUCUGCCACUUCGUCGUAGUUCACGAGCAAGAAAACCGACGUGGAAAAUUGCAGAUACUUCGACCAAAAACAACCUGGCCAUUGCUCAUCCCAUUGAACACUACUCUUCAUUAUCUGCUUAUCCGUCUACUGAUCAAGCGUUUUUGAGUAAAAUUGAACAGGGACAGGAACCACAUAGCUAUCAUCAAGCGAAAGAUAUUGCAGUCUGGCAAACCGCAAUGCAGGAGGAGCUUGAUGCUCUAGAAAGGAAUGGCACGUGGGAAAUUGUCGACCUCCCACGUGAUAAAAACGCCGUAGGAAGCAAGUGGAUAUAUAAAAUCAAAUACAAAAAUAACGGAGAGAUUGAACGAUAUAAGGCUCGUCUAGUGGCGAAGGGAUAUACCCAGACCUACGGAGAAGACUACACCGACACUUUCGCUCCCGUAGCCAAACUUCCCACUAUGGACGUGAAAAACGCAUUCUUACAAGGAUCUCGAGGAAGAAAUCUUUAUGACUCCUCCGCCGGGAUAUGCAAGAGUCACACGACCGGGUCAGGUUUGCAAACUUCAAAAGGCGAUAUAUGGUCUAAAACAAUCACCAAGGGCCUGGGCAUUUCGGAUACUAAGGCUUACCUCCAAUCUGUAUUCGACAUCAAAGAUUUGGGUUCCUUAAAAUAUUUUCUUGGUAUUGAAAUCACUCGUACUUCUAACUCUUUGUUUCUCUGCCAAAGGAAAUACAUUUUGGAUCUGCUUCAAGAAACAGGAAAAAUUGGAGCUAAACCAGUCAGGACACCGAUUGAGGAACACUUCAAGGAUCAACGCGAGGGGGAAUCACUCACUAAUCCAGACCAGUACCGUCGCGUUGUAGGUAAGCUCAUAUACCUUACAAUUACUCGCCCUGACAUUAGUUUUGCGGUGCAUCAGGUUAGUCAAUGGAUGCACGCUCCUACAACGAAAAAUUGGAAUAUGGUGGAUCGCAUUCUCAAGUACCUAAAGGGGACGCCCAACAAAGGAAUCUGGAUGCACAACAACAAGCACUCAAAGAUCGUAGCUUAUUGCGAUGCAGAUUGGGCCGGUGAUCGAGCGGACAGAAAGUCAACUACCGGUUAUUGCACGUUUAUCGGAGGAAACUUAGUCACAUGGAAGAGCAAGAAGCAGAAUGUAGUGGCUAGAUCAAGUGCGGAAGCGGAAUACAGGGCCAUGGCGAAUACCACAAGCGAAGUUAUAUGGUUGAGACAGUUGCUUGAAGAUCUUGGAGUAAAAACUGAAGACCCGACACCUCUUCACUGUGACAACCAAGCUGCUUUGCAUAUUGCGUCUAACUCGGUGUUUCAUGAAAGAACGAAACACAUUGAGGUAGACUGUCACUUUGUUCGAGAAAAAAUCAUGCAGGGACUUAUCUCCCCGAUGUAUACCCGAAGCCAAGAUCAACUUGCCGACAUCCUGACCAAAGCCACAAGUUCUUUUGUUCUCAACAAAUGUCUCUCCAAGAUUGGCCUUCUCGAAUUUCGCCGGCCAAUCUUGAGGGGGAAUGUUGAAGACCAUGAAGAUGAGAGUGCCGAAGAUUACUUGGAGACUGCUGAAGAGAAGGCUCAAAGACACCAGCAUGAGACGACGUCGUUGCAUAGGAACAUGGAAACAGACCAACCUUGA